CUCCUCCUUCCUCUCCUACUCUUUCUUUCCUCCUUCUCCUCGCCAAUACCUGCUGACUUCCCUCCGUCAUCGUGACCGUGCUCGUCUCUCAAUCGCUCCUUUGCCUCCUAUCUGGUUCUUCCACUAGUUACCAUCCGCAUGAAGAGAAAAGAAGACAAACACGUCACUCUCGAUCAUUUUGGAGAGGUUCAUGUUGAUGUCAAGAGAAGGAGUCGAAGGAUCUUCAACGAUUCCCUUGUGCUGACAGCAAGACUUUCGCGCCCAUCAACGAUUUUGGAUACGCGUCGGAAGCUGAUGAACUUGGGAGGCAUUGCUUGCCUGCUCCUCUUCGUCUACGUCUCGGCGUUUGGACUGGGCCAGGGUAAUUCGUCAGUAUCAAGGCAAAAGCGCCAGAAAUCCUCAGCACAACAAGAAGAAACAUCGACUCAACAGUUUAUCCCUCCCAAGGGAUUCCUUCACACCCCUGAUAACUCGAUUCCCUCUCAUGCCCCAGUGGUGGCCGGGGCUUCGUUUGCGUACCAGGACAUCAAGCGACUGCAAGGUCUAUCAAACAUAGCAACAAAGCACGCAGAUUCAAAGAAUGUAAAAGAAGUCGCUCCCCCAGCUCCUCGAAAGCGAGUUGCAGCAAAGAUUGUGCAUGCCACGAGGAGCAAGAUUUCGACGGCUGAAAUUCAAGCGCCGCUCAAGGAGAAACCUGGCGAUGCGGUGGAAGCAGCAGCCCAUGGCCGUCGAAAACAACAAAAAUCAAAGGCUCGCACUGCCUUCCAAUCUCCUGUCAUGGCGGCUGAAAGCUCGGGAGUGGAAGCAGCGAGUGCGGCUGAGGAGAUGAUGAAGGAUCCCCUCCUGCCGCAUCUGAAGCCUCUGCCUUGAGAACGACA